GCAGGGGCAGCAUGGGGGUCACCCUAGGGUACUGGGACGUCCGCGGGCUUGCUCACGCCAUCCGACUGCUGUUGGAAUACACGGACACUCCCUAUGAGGACAAGCAAUACAGCCCCAGUGGGGAAGGUCCUGAUUAUGAUACAAGCCAAUGGACUAACGAGAAAGAGAAGCUGGGGCUGGAUUUCCCGAACCUCCCCUAUCUCAUUGACGGCCAGACCAAGCUCACGCAGAGCAAUGCUAUCCUCCGCUACGUAGCGCGCAAACACAAGAUGGCUGGCGAGAGUGAGGAGGAGAUACAGAGAGUGGACAUGCUGGAGAACCAGGUGAUGGAUUUCCGCCUGGCCUUUGCAAGGAUCUGCUACAGCCCUGACUUCGAGAAACUGAAGCCGGAGUACUUGGAGCAGCUGUCCGGGAAGCUGAAGCUGUUCUCCCAGUUCCUGGGGGUCCGGAAGUGGUUUGCUGGGGAGAAGCUCACCUAUGUCGACUUCCUCGCGUACGACAUCCUGGAUCAGCACCGCAUGUUCGCGCCCAAGUGCCUGGAUCAACUAAAGAAUCUGAAGGAUUUUCUUGACCGAUUUGAGGCCCUGGAGAAGGUCGCAGCCUACAUGAGCUCUAGCCGCUUCAUGAAGACUCCCGUCAACAACAGGAUGGCCAAAUGGAGCAACCAGAAGAAGUAGAUCUGUGUGGAAGGGAGGGGCUGGAGAGGAAUAAUCCAGAGCCCCCACUUGCUGUUUGUGUACGGACUCCCUCAGAGCGGAUGUUGUGGGGGGGUGGACAGUUGAAGAUGUUAAGUGGCGGUUUCAGUGAAUUGCUCUGUGGAACAAUCACUAACCGUGUGUGGUGACCCUACUCGGAAAUGACCGGCCAAUAAACGUUUAGUAAUUGCACAA